CAUAGACAUGCGUCAGCGGAUGGAUUUGUAGGCGGUGCUCAGAUGUAUCGUGUGGUUUAAGGUCUUAAUAAAUACGCCUUUGUUGCUUGGUUAUUGUACGACUUUGUUUUUUUUUCCUUCUCAAAAUACGACAAUUUUGCGAUACUUUACGGUAAUGUACAAGGCUGUUGUCAGAGGAGGAAGCACAGAGGCUGGGGACUGAUAUCGAGCACACACACACUUCAAAGCGGAUGUUAGCUGCAGAACUUCCGUGUUUUGAUGAGCAGCCAGCGCCUCUGUUACUUGUGUGACAAAGGGUCUGUUUUGUACAGCACAGUUUUACUGUGAACUGAGGCGUUUAUAGAUAUUUUUUUUUUAAAAAGAAAAGAAAACAUUUCACCGUGUCCAUUUUCACAAGUGGCUAACUCUGAGAAGGAGGGGACGGCGUCGCGAGAGUAAUGUCAGCCACAGCAAACGCAAGUAAAAGCAAAGACUGCGGCGAAGUUAUUAGAAACUACCACAAGCAAGCGUUUGAGUACAUAUCGAAGGCAUUAAGGAUCGACGAAGAUGAUACAGGUGAGAAGCAGGAGGCUGUACAGUGGUACAAGAAGGGUAUUGCUGAGCUUGAAAUGGGUAUUGCCGUAGAGAUCACGCUACAAGCAGGGGAUCAAUAUGAUCGAGCAAAGAGACUACAAGAUAAAAUGGUCAACAAUCUCACCAUGGCGAAAGACCGGCUCGCUCUUUUAGACGCAACACUGGCAUCUAAAUGGAGACAGGAACCCAAGAAGAGCUCAGAUCAUGUCGUUCCACAGCCAAAGCCUGUUCCCAAAAGCCAGCCUGGAGUGUCCACCAACACCAGGCCCUCCACUGCCGUCAGAGCCCCGGUGAGAUCCAUUGAUCCAAAGGUGACACCGCGUGUGGGAAAACCUAAAAAUGGCAAACCUGCAGUGGUGAAACAGCCACCUAAGAGGGAUAUGAAAAACUUCAAGAAUGUGGACAGCAAACUGGCCAGCCUGAUUCUAAACGAAAUUGUCGACAGUGGAGCGUCUGUAUCCUUCGAUGAUGUUGCUGGACAGGAUCUGGCGAAGCAAGCACUUCAAGAGAUUGUCAUCCUACCUGCCUUAAGACCAGAGCUCUUUACUGGCCUGAGAGCUCCGGCACGUGGUUUGCUUUUAUUUGGCCCACCUGGAAAUGGGAAAACCAUGCUGGCCAAAGCAGUCGCGGCUGAGUCAAAGGCCACAUUCUUCAAUAUCAGCGCUGCCAGCUUGACCUCCAAAUAUGUGGGAGAAGGCGAGAAGCUUGUACGAGCACUUUUUUCAGUCGCUAGAGAAUUACAGCCCUCUGUCAUCUUUAUCGAUGAAGUGGACAGCUUGCUUUGUGAAAGGCGGGAGGGAGAGCACGAUGCAUCUCGACGAUUAAAAACCGAGUUCCUCAUCGAGUUUGAUGGGGUGCAGUCAGGAGGGGAUGAUAGGGUGCUUGUAAUGGGAGCAACCAACAGGCCUCAGGAGCUCGAUGAAGCAGUACUGAGGCGAUUUGCAAAGAGGGUUUACGUGGCAUUGCCAGAUGAAAAGACGAGAUCCACACUGCUGACAAAUCUUCUGGGAAAGCAUGGGAAUCCACUGAGCAUAAAUGAGCUGUCCUAUGUUGCAAAAGUGACUGCAGGAUAUUCCGGCAGUGAUCUGACUGCGUUAGCCAAAGAUGCUGCACUUGGGCCUAUUAGAGAGUUGGGACCAGACCAAGUUCGGUGUAUGGCUGCUAAUGAGAUGCGUAACAUCAAGACGAAAGACUUUGAGGAUUCCCUGAAGCGCAUCAAGCCCACUGUUAGUCCGACCACUCUUAAAAUGUAUACCAAAUGGAACAAAGAUUUUGGUGACACAACAGCUUUUUGAACUUUAUAGUUCUUUGUCACCCGUAAAAACAAAAACUACAGAAAAUAAAGUAACAUUUGACUCCAAUGUUUAACUCUAUGUUUACAAAACAUCAUUAAUAUUAGUAAAAACCUAUGACAUUUGGAAGCAUUAUGGGAAAAUUUCCUGUUUUAUGGAAGAGCUUUGCUAAAUAGAAUGACAUUCGGUAGAGCACUUACCAGCACAAAAGCCCAACAGUCCCUUUAUGGAACCACAUUUUAAUCUGCUAGAUCUGGAUUUUUUUGGGAUCCGCACCAAAUAGCACACACACAUAAAGCAGAUUUUUUCUCAUCACGAUCCAUGCAUUAUUCCCUUGGAAGUCUGUGAAAAUGUGAAAGAGUAACUCCUGAAAUCACAAUGUUAAAGAAAGUUUAAAAAAAUAAUCUUGGACCUCGGCCUGAAUGUUAUGGUCUUUUCUUGGCACGUGUCCCAUCCUCCCACCAGUAGUUUUUGUGAAAUCCUGCUGACAAUCAAACCAACCAACAGACAAACGGACAGGGGCAAAAACAUAACCUCCUUGGUGGCGGUAAUAAGAUUCUAAUGAGUUUCUUUACUAUGUUAUUAAAACACUGUCUUGCUACUUGAAAUCAAAUUAAUUUAUUCUCAAGAAUGUCCUGCAAAAUUACAAGUGAUCUUUCUCUCGCCCCAAGAGGGCAGCAAGUUUCUGUAAAUCACGACAUUAAACCACCAGUUAAGAUUAUUUUACUCAUCCAUUUGUUAACGGAUGUAAAGACAUGUUGAUAGUAUUGAUCACCAAGUGCUCUCUGUACUUGUACACAUGGAAGAGUGAUAAUAAUCGGUGCUUUUGUAUAAUAGGAUUUUUUUUCCAUUUGCGCUUAUUGUUUUGAAGAUAUAAAUUCUUAUCUUGUAUUUGAAAUUAGGAGUGUAUUAUUGUGUUGCCCAACAUAAUUAAUAAUUCAGAGUUACGCAAUUCAUUGGGCAGCAGUGUAAUGACCUCCCACUUUACCUCAUGCACCAAUAAAUACAUCCAUCAACUUUGA